AUGUCAAUAUUCAGUGAAAAUAUGGAUUAUUAUUUAUUUAAUGGAAAACUAAUAAUAAAGUUCUUCAUUGAAGCCAAACCUCUUAAAAGUGAUAAACAAACUUUGAAAUUAUUGCAUGGAUAUCCAGAAUUACACUCUACAACACUUUAUAACAAGCAAGAUUUCUCAGACAUUAAACUAAUCGUAGGUGACAAGAAAUUCUGUGCUCAUAAAGCUAUACUAGCAAAUCAUAGUCUCGUCUUUGCAACUAUGUUCAAAACUGAUAUGAGAGAGAGUAUAGAAAAUGUAGUAACAAUAAAUGAUAUAAGUGCAGAAGUAGUUGACUGUCUAUUAACUUGGAUAUACAAUAAUGAAGUCGAAUUUCAUCAUGAUACAAUAUACGAUUUAUCAUAUGCCUCAGAAAAAUAUCAGAUAUUUGGUUUAAAGAAGUUAUGUGAAAAAUAUUUAUAUGAAUCAUUAACAGUGAAGAAUUGGGUUGAAAUUAUUUCCAUAGCUGAUAAAUGUAAUAUGGAAAAUCUGAAGAAAAUGAUUAUUGCAUUCAUUAACAAUCGUAAAGAAAUUUUAACUCCUGAAACCUACAAUGAGUUGAAGAAUCUGAAUAAAAUGUUGAUUUUAGAAGUUUUAGAAUGUUUUGUGACUCCUAUGACAGAAAUCAAAUAA